UGGAAUUUCCAAGAUGGCAGUGGUCGGCAUGCAACUUGAAGAAUGUAGUGUUUGUGUAUUCUGGGAUGAUGUAUGAAUUGUCACAUGCAUAUUUUACAUAUUAUUGCUGGUAAUCAGAGGUAGAAAUGUUAGGCACAAUGAAUGGUUUGAUUGUUACGAUUUAUCUCAAAACUUGUCAUUGACUGUUGUCAUCACACUCGUGACAUUCAGCGCAAAGCAGCUAAGAGCGUUGAACAUCCGACGAAGUUCAAUAAGAUUUAAUUUGCUGUGCUAUUGGUGUAGUAUCGUUGUGAGACCGUUCCAUGCACAUAGUGAAAACUUAAUUAUUUUUUACUUGGGGAUAAUAUCAAGAUCACAAGAUGCCAUUACUCCGUCAUGCUCCAUUCCGUAGGAAGAAGGUUUCCAAAAACAUCAAUGAGAAUACACCGUUAUACUAUUUAGAAGUGACAGGAGAGGUGUUUACUGAAUAUGAGGAGUAUUGCUAUAGGACAAUCCAGUGUAAUUCAUUAGUCUGGACUUGUGCUGAGACAGGCAGGACUGAGCUUACUUUUGCUGAAGCAUUGGAAAGUGAGAGGGAUGCUAAACGAAUAUUAGCAUGUUUUCCUGAAGAGUUGAAGUUGCCCGCUUUAUAUUUGGCUUCAAUUGCACAAUGCCCAGAUUUUCAAGAACUAGUGACGGAUGUCUAUAAUUUUAUGGAAGUUCAUUACUUUGUUAAUGAACUAGUGGUACCUACAAUAAAGUGUAAGUGGAAACGGGGUAAAGUUCUUAAAGUAAGUAACCCUCAAGGUGCCAGUCUGCAAAGAAGUAAGAAGUCUCUAAAGAAGCUUCAACAUUAUACACCACCUGGCUGGUAUGAAUAUGAAUUAUUUGCUAAUGUUGAUGGCAAAGGAUUUGAAACAAAGUUAACUGGUUCAAAAUUGAAGCGCCCUGAUGACAGCUGCCUGACUAAAGACACAUUAUCUGCAUUUUUGAAGCAAAAUGCUGUAUUGGAUGCCCGUGGAAUUUGGGUUAUAAAGGGUUCGGUGUUACAGCAGUAUAACAUUCAGUUUGUGAAAUUUGACGAUAUAUUUUGUGGUGACCCACCAGUUUUCGCAAGCCAGAUAUCUAAAAUGUCAAAAAAUGAGCAGAGAAAACUAAAAAGUGCAUUUGUUGAUAUGGGAAAACAGUUGGGUCAGCAGAAUAUUCAGAAGUAUUUUGUCUCUAAAAAGCCUGCUCCUGUUCAAUCCAACCAAGAUUAUUCUGAAAGUGAUGAUGAAGUAGGGGAUUUAGAUGUUAACAGUGAACUAUCAGUAUAUGAAGUUAGUAGUGAAGAAGAAAGUAACAAUAGUGGAGAUGAAAUUAAAGUAGUAUGGGCUAGCACAGUGAAGCCUAAUAAGAGUGCAAUGAAUAAGCUGUACAAAAAAAUGGGGAAGAUAGAUUUGGGAGAAGGACCCAUAAAAAUAAAACAAGAACCGGGAAUUUCCCCAGAUCAUAAAAGUUUGGAGGAAAAUGGGAAGUUUCGAUCACCUAAAAAGGAUUCACAGAAAAAGCUGCAAUCAUCCAGUGAUGAUUUAGAGUCUGCACAAAAGGGUUCUAUUUCUCCUAGAAAGAAAUUGAAACAAACACGAAUGUUUGACAAUCCAUCAUCGUCACAUACUGACGAAAAUAAAAAACCACCGUUUGCUGUUCCUUUGAAAAAGAGUCGGAAAAAUGGUGUCCAUAGUAGGAGGAAACAAAAAAUAGUUGGAACACUGAAGCCUUGGGUGCAGAAAACUCAGAAAAACAAAGGAUUAUCAAUGGGAACAUCUCCAGUGAUGAAAGCUGAGACAUCAAACACAACACAAACUUUGAAAGAGAAGAAGAAAAACUGGUUAGAAGUACAACGAGAAAUAGAACUACGGGAGAAAGAAAGGCAACAAGAAGAACGUCAAAGAAAGAAAGCCAAGUUAGAAGAAGAGAAAUUGAAGUUUGCUAAGUUUAUGAAAGAGUGGAGAAAGCAUCGUGAGGAUCUUCUUUGUGAAGAUUUGAAACCUCUUCCAGUACCUAGUGAAAUAAAUUGUCGAAUACCUAAUGCGUUAUUUGGAGAUUUCAUGAUGGUUCUAGAAUUUUUAUAUUCAUUUAGCAAUGUUUUAACAAUGAAAAUCACAGGUGGUGUGUCAUUUGAAAUCCUAGAAAGGGCUUUAGUUGAAACUGAAAUUGCAGGCCCUCUAAAUGAUAUAAUAAAAGUACUCUUAACUACAAUAUUUGAUCUGCAAGUUAUUGAACAUGAGAAACCAAAGUCUGGGGUACCUAUUGCAGCUGACUUAAAUUUUGAUGACGUAUAUAAUGAAGAUAAUGAAGCAAUGUCUCAAUCAGUCACUGCAACAGGAUGGUGUGAUAUCUUCCAGGAUGUAUCUUUACACGACAUACCUAUAACCUCCACUUCUAUAUCUGAAAUUCUCCGUCUGCAUUUGUUGGGUUCAGGAGGGAGAGCAAUGGAUACCACAUCUAAAUGUUUGAGUUACCGUGGUGGUUGCAUUAAUCUUGAAGAUCCUGGCAUGUGGUUGCGUGUAGAGAAACCAACUAUCCUGCAACAUUUAAUGGAAAAAUUGGAAAUUCUGUGUUGUUUGGUCAACCAGAUAUUAACGUAUGCCAGUGUGCGAGAUAAAGUGGACGAACGUUGUGAACAAGCUAGACAAGCAAAAGUUAGUGUCAGAGCAUUGCAGGUAGCGGAAAUAAAGCUACAAAAAGAAGCAACUGCUAAAAGAAUUCAAGAAAAGAAAGAUGCCAAGCUUUCACUUGCAAAGGGUUCUCCUCUGGCUUCUUCUGAUCAAGCACUGUAUGAGAAACAAAAAAUUGAGAAGGAAAUGAAUAAGUUAAAAGUAGAACUGCAGAAAAAGAGUACAAAAGUUCUACCUCUGGCAAUGAGUGGCCAAUUACUACCUCUUGGUAGUGAUAGAGCACAUCGGAAGUACUGGCUAUUUUCAUCUCUCCCCGGUCUGUUUGUGGAGUACAGUCCUUAUGAAAUAGGUCCAUGUUUACCACAACCUACUCCACGAGCACUUGAUCUAUCAGAUACUUUGACUCACGUGAGAAAACUAUUUGAAGAAGAAAGUCAUAACAGUAGUGAUAAAGAAAAUGAUUCAAGUGAUCGUGAUGUCUCAAAGCCACAGAGUGCUUCAGUAAAGAAAAUGCUUGUUGAACAGAACAAUUCUGUUGAAACAUUGAAUAUUAGUAGACCAAACGAAAAAGAUGAUACACCAACAGAUGCAGAAAAUGUUAAUAAUGGAGAACUGCUUUUAUGUACCGCAUCUAAUAGUUGUCCUGUGCAUUGUCCUCGUGUAUCAACAAGCCAUUGGUAUUUCUUUACUAAACAGGAAGAUAUAACUGCUCUUUUAGAGUCUCUGAAUGACCGAGGCAUUCGAGAAAGUGCUUUGCUUCGUGUGCUGAAGCAGGAGGAACAAAGAAUUGUAGAAUGUGUGUCUCAGUGUCCAGUCCACAAGUUAAAUCCUGAAAAGUUUCAGUUUGCUGAAGGUGAACAGAGAAAGUCUACACGCCAGCAUUCAGGUUAUAAAUUUGAUUCUGUAAAAUCAAAGUUCCCACCAGAUACACCUAUUAGCUAUAUAAUGGAAUGGACUUUGCGAGAAAACAUUUUGGCUUUGGAAAACCGAAUAAUGCUUGGUCGUGUGGGUUCAUUGAAGGUUCGCAAUAGAAUGGCAUGGCGUAAAGCAAUUGAAAAUGGACGGUAUGAUAAACAAAGUGAGAAGCUUGUUUGGGGAUUUAGAAUGCGAAACAAGAAACAAGAGAAGAAAGUUGAUAAAAACACUGAAGAAGAGGACCAGAAAGGAGAGUCUUCUGAACAGGAUGUGGUAAUGGAAAAGGUGGAGUUAUCCAAACGGGAUGAAGAGGAAGAGGCGGUGGUGACCAUAAAACAAGAUAAGGACAAUGAUAAAAUGGAAACCAGUGAAAGUGAGCAACAUUCUGAAGAAGAGGAGGGAUCCGAUGUUCACUAUACAUAUUUAGUUACUUCCGACAGUUCUGAGAGUUCUGACGAGUCAGCAGUUGUUAUUUAUGAGAGCCCACCAACAACAACAAUCUAUGGUCUACCUGUGGUAAAAGCAGAAAAGAUAGAUGGAACUGAAGAUAAAAGCUCAGUUUUGAGCCCGAAGACGAAAGUUUUGAGCCCGAAGACGAAAGUUUUGAGCCCGAAGGCGGAAGUUUUGAGCCCGAAGGCGGAAGUUUUGAGACCAGAGAACAUGAAAAAACUAAUGGUCGUGUUACACGAUUGUGAUAUUCUUGAAAGUCCAGUAAAUCCUGAUUUAGAUGAUGAAUCAAGCUCUAGUGAGGAAAAUGAAAAUAAAUUACCAAAUAAUGAAGUGUCUUCAGACAGAAUUGCCUCAUUGGCAAGUGUACUUCCACCUUGCAAUCCAGUUAUUAAAGACUUAGCUAGUGCCAUUCUGCAAGUUGGACAAAGUCUGGACUCCCGAUGUAUCAAAAAGCCACUAGCUGACGAGAGAGGAAAUGUGAAGUCACGUAUAAAAUAUUGGGAAGAUUCUUUGAUGAACUCGACCAAUUUUUCACAAUUAUUUAUUCACCUUUCCACAUUGGAAAACAGUAUUAAUUGGGCCAACUCUGUAUACAACUCACCUUGCUUUGUGUGUAAUUCACGAAAAAAUGGUAAGAAGAUGAUUUUUUGUGAUGGAUGUGAUAAGCGCUUUCAUUUUUUUUGUGUGAAGCCAAAAUUGAAGUGUAUGCCUGGAGGAUAUUGGCAAUGCCACUAUUGUGCUCCUAAAGAAUCUGGGUCUUCAGAUGAAAGUGAAAACGUUUCAAAUGUUCUGACUAGAAGUUCAACAACAGGGAGGAAGAGGAAAGCCGAGUCGGAUAAUGUUGACGGCAGCGAAUCAGAACAUCAUCAUUCCAAAAUGCGAAGAACCUCUAAAUGUGACACUUGUAAAAAAUGUGCUCAACCAGAUGAACUUAUGUGUGAAAACGAAGCAGAAGAGUCUGCAGCAGAAGAACCUCGAGGCAAUAACCUUACGGUUUCCUUCGAUGAGAGUUGCGGAGAAAUUACAGACGAAAGUUGUGAUGAGUCUAGAGAUGAAAGUGCCAAGCGACCUGUGAUGAAAAGACCAAACAAACUUGAAAGUCAGAUUAAAGAAUUUGAAUCACUUAUGAAGAAUCUGGAUAGUUUGAUGGCAUCCGCCUCUGCAAGAGAACGUCGUGGAAGCGCUUCGGCUGCUAGAGCGAAGAUUGCAUCCUUCACCAAAAGAUUAAGAAGUAAUUCUUGGGAUGAUGAUGAUGCACACCAAACAAGUACAACUGAUACAUCUAUGUCAUCUUAUAAUGCACAAGACAGUGCUUCAAAAAGAAGAAGUUCACGGCGAUCAUUAUUUGCUUCUGAAGAUCUUCCAUUAGAUAAUGCUAUUCUACAAGAUUUGUUGACGGAAAUGCUUCAACACAAACAUGCAUGGCCCUUCGUUAGGCCAGUUAGAAAGUCACAGGUAGUUCCUGAUUAUCACACAAAAAUUAAAAUGCCAAUGGAUCUGGGUACUAUAAAGUACAAAUUGAAUACUGCAGAAUAUAAAACAAAUACAGAUUUUAUGAAAGAUAUUAUAUUAGUAUUUGAAAACUGCUUUAUGUAUAAUCAUGAAAAUAGUAUCGAGUACCAUUGUGGAAAGAACCUGCUAAAAUUUUUUGAGCAAAGAAGUCGUGAACUUGGCCUCAAUUGGAAGAAGGAUGAAACAACAGUAGAAUAAGUUUCAAAAGAGUGUGUUUUCAGUUCUUUUUUUCUAUAUAUAUACUAUAUAUAUAUAUAUAUAAUAUUUUUUUUUUUAAUACACUUAUUCAAAGUGUUAGAACCUGUGAGGACAAGAAUGAACUUUGUUAAAUUUGUGUGAUUUUUACUCUUAAAGAAGUGUUUUAAAAAAAUGUUAAGUUCUUAAAGCUGAUAAACUUUUUGAAAUAAGUUUGUUUUUUGUUGUUUCUUUUAUAAAUUUUUUGUGAUGGUAAUUAUUAUUGAGAAGAUUAAACUCCAUUUACGUUUUUUCAUGCUAUGGAUUCACAAUUCCAUAUACUUUAGCUAUAACAUUCCAUCAUUAAAUGUGCAAAUUAAGAUUUGUUUGUUACAAAUUUGGCAGUUUAGAAAACUCCGUAUACAGUACACAUAGUGAUAUUUUAUGUAAGAACGUACAUGCUAUUUCAGUAACGAGAACCUUUGGUACGUAUACAGUGAAUAUUAAAUUCAAGUGAUAUCAUCACGUAAUAUUAAGAUUUUUUUGUGUUCUUUUAUUAAAGAAAAGUUGGUUCUAUAGGCAGUGGUGUGGGGAAGGUUAUUAAGUGAUCUGAAAAUUAGCGGUGAGAAACCAAACAUAUUUUUUUUAAAUUAAAUUUGUAGAAUCUUAAUAUAACGGUACUCUUCUCAAAUUCGCUGUUUUUACCAUCGUAACAACCAGUAUUAAAUCUGUUGUAAUUAUUUCUAAAUAAAGUUUAUAUUCGUGGAA